AUAGAUUUUUCGCUCACACCAGAUGUCUGGACCCUGGACAGAUAACCGAAGGAGAGAGGGACCCUAGGAGGGACGUAAAGGAGUUGAUGAAAUCCUGUUAAGACAGACAAUCAGGAUUGGAAGUUUUCUCUUGAGAUGGUAUGGCCUCUGAGGACCCCCAAGACCAACUGGAUGAGGCUAUUAAAAAGGCAGAACGCCUUGCUGAGGAGCUCAACCAAGAGAAGGACCCACAAGCCCAACUGGACGAGGCCAUUAAUGAGGCAAAAAGACUGGCUGAGGAGCUCAACCAAGAGAAGGACCCACAAGCCCAACUGGACGAGGCCAUUAACGAGGCAAAAAGACUGUCUGAGGAGCUCAACCAAGAGAAGGACCCACAAGCCCAACUGGACGAGGCCAUUAACGAGGCAAAAAGACUGGCUGAGGAGCUCAACCCAGAGAAGGACCCACAAGCCCAACUGGACGAGGCCAUUAAAGAGGCAAAAAGACUGGCUGAGGAGCUCAACCCAGAGAAGGACCCACAAGCCCAACUGGAUGAGGCCAUUAAUGAGGCAAAAAGACUGGCUGAGGAGCUCAACCCAGAGAAGGACCCACAAGCCCAACUGGACGAGGCCAUUAAUGAGGCAAAAAGACUGGCUGAGGAGCUCAACCCAGAGAAGGACCCACAAGCCCAACUGGAUGAGGCCAUUAAUGAGGCAAAAAGACUGGCUGAGGAGCUCAACCCAGAGAAGGACCCACAAGCCCAACUGGAUGAGGCCAUUAAUGAGGCAAAAAGACUGGCUGAGGAGCUCAACCCAGAGAAGGACCCACAAGCCCAAUUGGAUGAGGCCAUUAACGAGGCAAAAAGACUGGCUGAGGAGCUCAACCCAGAACGGGAAAAUAAGAACAAAAAGACAAACAAGCCUCCAGGGAUUAGGUUCAGAUGGAGACAAAGGGAUGAGAGGGGACAGAUUGUUCCUCAAACCAGGAAGGCAACUACAUCCACUUCUGUUGCUCCAAGGGCCAGUACAUCAAGAGCCAGACUAGUGCAACAUUUUGGGCCAGUCACUGAGGAAGAAUCAGAGACGAGGACCAGUGGAUUGGAAUCCACUCCAGUUUAAACAUUGAUGAAGAAAUAGGUUUAAAUUGUUUUAGUUUCAAAAUUGGGGUCAUCUUGGUGUUACUGAAUUAUACUGCACUACAUCUUUAUUUUGACAGUGAUACAACAUUUUUAAAUGUGUCUCAAGUCUCCAGAAUUUUGGAUUUGAGAUCAAAUGUUUGAUAUGUUACAGUACAG